AUGGAUUCAGCGAAAGACCAGAAGAAUGUGGAGCGACUCGCACGGGUGCGUGAAAACCAGCGCAAGAGUCGAGCCCGGAAGCAGGAGUAUGUGAAUGAGUUAGAGCAGCGUCUAGCAGUGUGCAAAGAACAAGCCCAACAAAAAGACAUCGAGCACCGACUGGCAACGCAAAAGUUUGAAGCCGAAAAUCGGCAUUUGAAAGCUCUUUUAGGGACACUUGGAUUUUCGAGUGCUUCUGUCCAGCAGUAUCUACAGGAAGCGGAUACGGGAGCGAACACCAACCGGAAGGUUGCUAUCCCUGCUAUUCAGCGAGUAGAGGGAGAUAAUUCUCUGUCUCUAUCACGUCGGGAUAUUCGCAGAACGAAUUUGUCAAUGACAGCAUCUCGCGUCUACAAAGCGGAAACGGAAACAACCGAAUUGCCAACGGCAACGGCAGUUAAUAGUACAUGUGACUCGACAGUUGUACAACCAACAGACCAGCUACCAAAGGAAACCCCACAAGAAGAAGAUCCGGCUUUGUGUGGAUGCCGGUCCGAUAGACAGAAUCCGGAAACUGUUUCCGAUGAAGAUGUGCUCAAUUCGACGCUGUGUGCGAUUGCAGAAGAAAUGAUCAAUCAAUACAACACCAAAGGAAUUGAUGUUGAUGAGAUUCGACGAAGAAUUUGGUCUGGGUUCCGAGCAGGUGCAAAUGGCACAGGCUGCAGAGUUCAAAAUCAUAUUCUGUUCCAAGUGCUAGACGACAUCAGCAGUGAUGUUUGA